GCAAGAGACAAUCACAAGAUCCUGUCAACGCAAUAAAGGUGGUUGCCAGCACCAUGCUUAAUAGCUUUUUGGAAGACUUGAAGGAAAAGAAUGUGUUAAAUAAGCAAGAGUUACAAACAAUGGGGCAAACAGUGAAUGUCAUCACAAAGAAGACUGAAAACCUGGUUGGUGAUCUCACUGAGAAAACUCAGGUAGUAGGCAAAAUAUUUAAGGACCAUUUCCUCAAUUCCGGGAGCCUGCUGAGUUUAAAAUCCCAUGCUGAAAAUGAGGAUGAGUGUAGUGAGUCAUCUUCUGCAGGCAAGAGACAAUCACAAGAUCCUGUCAACGCAAUAAAGGUGGUUGCCAGCACCAUGCUUAAUAGCUUUUUGGAAGACUUGAAGGAAAAGAAUGUGUUAAAUAAGCAAGAGUUACAAACAAUGGGGCAAACAGUGAAUGUCAUCACAAAGAAGACUGAAAACCUGGUUGGUGAUCUCACUGAGAAAACUCAGGUAGUAGGCAAAAUAUUUAAGGACCAUUUCCUCAAUUCCGGGAGCCUGCUGAGUUUAAAAUCCCAUGCUGAAAAUGAGGAUGAGUGUAGUGAGUCAUCUUCUGCAGUUCUUCAGGAAAUCCAGGCCUCCCAAGUCAAAGUGCGGAAGCUUUGUCCCUGUGACCAUUCUCAUGAACCAAAGAUAACAAACGUGCACGAGAUAUAUCCAGUGAUGGAGAAGGAGGGCCGAACACGCCUGGCCCUCAUCAUUUGCAACAGUGAAUUUGAUUAUCUUUCUAAGCGACAAGGCUCUGAAAUUGACAUUUUGGGGAUGCAAGACCUGCUGGAAAACCUGGGAUAUUCAGUGGUUGUAAAGGAAAAUCUCUCAGCUCUGGAAAUGAAAACAGAGUUGAAGAACUUUGCAGCCCGCCAAGAGCAUAAAUUCUCAGACAGCACGUUUCUGGUGUUCAUGUCACAUGGCACCCUGGAUGGAAUCUGUGGCACAAAGCACAGAAAUGAAGAGCCAGAUAUUCUUCAUGAUGACACCAUCUUCCAGAUUUUCAACAACCGUAACUGCCGGAGUCUUAAAGACAAACCCAAGGUCAUCAUCAUGCAGGCCUGCAGAGGCAGAGGUGACGGGGCCGUCUGGGUGACUGAUGUGGGAGAAGCGUCUGCAUGGACAUGUGACCAGCCCUUGCAGUGCUACAUCUUCAACGAUGCUAUAGAAAAGACCCAUGUGGAGAAAGAUUUCAUUGCUUUCAAAUCUUCGACUCCACAUAAUGUUUCUUGGAGGUUGAACACAGAUGGCUCUCUCUUCAUUUCCCACCUUAUCCACUAUUUCAGAGAGUUUUCUUGUUGUCAUCAUUUGGAGGAGAUUUUCCGAAAGGUUCAAAAUUCAUUUGAGACGCCGAAUACAAUGAUCCAGAUGCCCACAAUUGAAAGAGUAUCCAUGACACGCUAUUUCUACCUCUUCCCUGGGAAUUAA